UGAGAGUGACAAUUACGUGUGCACCAAGCGAAAAGCCCAACGCAGUAACCCUCACUCUUCUCUUUCUGCUCCUUUAUUCUCUCUCUCUCUCGCCCUCUCUACCUGCCUCAGUCUCAUAAUUGUUCUUAUUUUUAUUGUUUUGGGUUUUCUUUUGGAGAUGAUUUAAAGGUUUUUAUGUGAAAGAAAGAAGGAAGGAAAAUUUUUUAAUGGAUGGUUUUUGAAGGAGUGGUGGAUUUUUGGAAGAGAAAUGAAAAGGGAAAUGAGGAAAUCGUUUAAGGAUUCUCUUAAAGCGCUUGAAGCUGAUAUUCAGUUUGCCAACACUCUAGCUUCUGUUUAUCCUAGGGAAUAUGAUGGUGCCUGCCUUCAAAUGAGAUUAUCCUACAGCCCUGCCGCUCACCUUUUUCUUUUUCUUGUCCAAUGGACUGGUUUUCACCUAGCUGGUGCCUUGGGAUUGCUUAGAAUUCUUAUAUACAAGGCUUAUGAGGAUGGAAAAACAACCAUGUCUAUUCAUGAAAGAAAGGCUAGCGUAAGAGAGUUCUAUGGGGUGAUAUUUCCUUCUUUACUGCAACUUCAAAGAGGAAUCACUGAUGUAGAAGACAGAAAGCAAAAGGAAAUCUGUGCAAAGUACAAAAAGAAAGAUGAAAUGGACAAAGGAAAGAUCUCUGAAAUUGAUUUAGAGAGAGAAGAAGAAUGUGGCAUUUGCAUGGAGAUUAAUAGCAGGGUUGUAUUGCCCAAAUGCAAUCAUGCAAUGUGUUUGAAGUGCUAUCGGGAUUGGCGUGCUCGCUCUCAAUCAUGUCCUUUCUGCCGAGACAGUCUCAAGAGAGUCAACUCAGGUGAUCUUUGGAUCUACACCAGCAGAAAUGAGAUUAUCGACUUGUCUUCAAUCACAAGACAGAAUUUGAAGAGACUGUUCAUGUACAUUGACAGGUUGCCUCUCAUUGUUCCUGAUCCAGUGCUUGUUCCUUACGAGCCCUGUUACCGGUUUUAGGGUCUGGAGUUUGUAUAAAAUUCUGGUUGGUUGUAUAUGAUUCUUGCUUCUCUCCUUCCAGGAGCACAUUUUAACGCUGUAAAUACCUUUUCAUUUUUAGCACGCUAUGAUUUACAAAUUUAUUCA